AUGUCAUCCGCCUCUAGAAGUUCGUGGAUGCCGAAUCGUCGCUUGAAUAGCAACCGACAAAGCACGAGAGCGAGAGGCUUCUCCAGGGGCAACGUCGUUGUCAGCCACGAUGAUGCAUACACUUUUGCCCUGCGCGUAGCCUACCUCAACUACCUUCUGCAACCGAGACAGAAACGAAAGCAAUAUGUUUCCGCUCCAAAGCCCGCCCAGCGUUCCCACACGAGUGUCACUGAGCUAGUCGGCCAAUUCGUCUCGGGCGGUUCCAAUAGCAUCAAGCUACCGCAUGGGUUCCAAAAGCCACUUGAAAAGCGGAUUAAGAAUGUCCUUACAGGCAAGGAACCUAUGCAGGGCUUCAACGAUGCUGCUCUAAAGCGAAGUUUUGCGGAGGCAUACACAGCGUUCACCGAGAAGAACUUCCAAAAAUCUGUCGAGAAGGACCGGAAGCUAGAGCCAUAUGUCCUCAUGUUCUACUCGUCUGCUACCAAGGCCAAUCAGAAAUAUGCCGCUCUGACCUCGGCAACGGAUGAUUCGUGGAAGGAGGCGGCGGAUAGACAUAUGGCCAUGUUCAUUCGCCUUGUGGCGCAAACCCUUCGUGAUCAAGGACACGACCGAGACAGACCAGAGCUCAUGAGCCGUUUGCACACGCUGGAGAAUAAGUUACUUACUAGGGAUCAGAACCUGUCCAUCGAUGCUAGCCAAGACGGAGGCAACACGAUCGAGGUGGUUGUUCCCCUGAGUUAUGAUGUCAAGGACAUGCCGCUGGUUCUGACAGUGGCCCGCAUAUUUGGUCGAUCCAACUCCGAAGUGCAGGUUGACAUCGAUGCCAAUCGCCAAAUCUGGACCGAGGAGUCUGCGCUAAGGGAUAUCAAAGCAUACCAGCAGCGACUUGCGUCCGAUGCUCCUGGCGCCUUGAGAAGCGAGGACUUUGACCUUGAAGAUGCCUUCCAAGAGUGGAAGAGGGCCGAGGCGCCACAUCUCUCCCAAAUCAUUCUGGACAUUUUAACCGUCAAACCAGAGCUGGCUAAGACAUCAUCAGGGGUCGACAAAGCACUGCCUGGACGACCAGUUUCUAUGUUUACCGACGAACACGCGUUCUCCGAAAUCAGCAAGGCAAUUUCGAGUUCAGACGGCUCUAGUCUUGCCUUCGAUAGCUCACUUGGUCUUGGUUCUCUUUCAUUUGAAGAUUCGAACCGCGGCUUUGACGAGGCCGUCUACACGUUUAUCCCCACUGACGCAAGAGCGUUCUACAAGGCCAUACUGCAAGUUUGCAUGACGUACGAUCAGCUGCAUGCUGACCCGGCUGCAGAAUGGAGUCCAAUUUCCAAACAGUCCACAGAUCUGCUUGUUGAGCUUUGCGUCUACUGGCGCAUUCCCCAGUUCUCAAGGCUAGUUGCAUUCGUCGAAGUGGCCGCUAAGAAGUUUCUCGACAGAGAAAUUGGUGCGGAUGAGCUAUCGGUUGCCAUGGAGUUCGUCAAGUCCUCUUCGCCCGAAGUAAAAAAGCCACCGCAUCUACACCAGUACAAUUUUGGUCUGGCCUCUAUUGAUCAAAGUCGUUGGACAGUGCAUGAUUUUGCCGUCUAUCAACACACUCUACACGGGCUCUACGAUGCUCUCCUGCGGGAUCUCUAUGACCUCAUGAUUCGCUGUUACGAGUCAAAGCCACCGCCGAUUGUGUCGGUCAUGACCCUUCUAGAGGAGCACAUUCUGCAGGACCCUUCAUUCUCUGCGAAGCCAGAACAAAUUCAGGAGUUUGCCACUCAUCUCACUGAGGGUUUGAAGCGUGCCGCCACCGAAGUCUACAACGCUUUCGUUCAUGACAAACUCCCCAAUCAUGCUGCCGAAUGGCAGUUUUCGCACGUCGUGGAGCUUGGUCGGGCAGUUACCAAGCUGUCUGAUAAAAUCCGGAAACGGUACAGGAAUAUUCCUGAUAUUAUGGGAGUGAAACCAUGGCAGGUUUUGGUUGAGCAAAUGUUUCCUAGUUUUGAGCGGGAUGCACAACACAUCAUCGAAAGGACCAUUGCUGUAGCGAAGGAAAAGGGCGAAGAAAUCAACAUGCAGGACGGUUUCGAUCUCUACAAGGAAUUGGUCGGCUUGCGACAGACUCAUCAUGCGGCCCUACCUGACAAGCCGUUUGAGUUCCAGAUCGAGGAACUUCUCGUGGAUUUCGUUUGGAGAUGGGUUCGAAACGCCGAAACUAUGAUGGUCGAAUUCGUUGACAACGCCAUAAAGCAGGACCCUUUCCAAGUCCGUACCCAGAGUCCUGAGGACAUACCAACCGAUGCUGAACGCCACAGUGUUUCAAUCAUUGACAUGUUCAUGUUCUUUAGGCAAACUACUGAACAAGUGUACCAGCUUGAAUGGGACAGCGAUGUCCAUCAUGCUAGAUUCAUGACGGCCCUUGCUCGUUCAUUCGCAGCUGGUAUUGGCCAAUACUGUGAAGAGGUUGAGAAACGAUUCGCCAAGGAAAUGGAUCGUCCGACGGCUCAAGAAGCCGCCGCAGCGAAUAAGACCACCCAAGAAAUGUUCAAGCAGUACGCUCAAAUUGCACGAGACGCCUGGAAUACCAAGGAAGCGCCUGAGCCUUUCCAAUUUUACCCCGAGUCAUUUGUCAAGCUCAACAAUAUCGAAUAUGCCAUGCAAGAAUUGGACAAGCUGGAAAAAAGCAUGAAUGUUGACGCAUGUGCCGAUGUUCUAAGAAGAGCAGAGGGUGUGAAACAGCAACCAAAGCGGCCCAACAAGUAUGUCUUCACAAUCAAGGUUGUGGAGGCCGAAGACCUGAAGGCAUGCGAUCCUGGUGGAUACAGUGACCCCUAUGUGGUACUUGGAGACGAAUACCAGAAGCGGCUGUACAAGACUCGGAUUGUGUAUAAGAACCUGAACCCUCGAUGGGAUGAGUCGGUUGAUAUCACGGUUUCGGGCCCUCUCAAUGUCAUCGCUACCGUUUGGGACUACGACACAUUCGGUGAUCACGAUUUCGUUGGUCGUACAUCGUUGAAGCUUGACCCGAUUCAUUUCAGCGAUUACUUGCCUCGAGAAUAUUGGCUUGAUUUGGAUACACAAGGCAGGGUUUUGUUGCGCGUGAGCAUGGAGGGCGAGCGAGAUGACAUCCAGUUUUACUUUGGAAAGGCAUUCAGGCAUUUGAAACGGACGGAGAGAGACAUGGUUCGCAAAAUCACGGAUAAGGUAUGA